UCAUCUGUUUUCAUCAGCGGCAAGAAAAAAGAGCAAAAAAAUACCAGAUCUUCACAAAAUGGCGGCACCUAAUAGUGUGUCGGCUACCGAAGGGCAGUCAUGGAAUUCUUGGGCCGAAACUAUCGGCUUCAGGAGUCCAGAAACAGACGAAGAAGCCGAUACAGAGGCAGAGACAGCGAAAAGAGAAAGCGAUGCCAUGAAGUUAAGAAAAGAGGAUAUGGAACUUUUCGGAUUUUGUCCAGCGUGGGAUGAUUUCUAUUUAGUUGUGUGUGAAAUAUGUAAUCAAGUCACCAAACCACAGGCUCUGCGAAAUCACUUGGAGCAGCGGCAUGGGAGCAUUGGCACGUUUGGUCGAAGUGACCACGCUGCCGACCCGUCUGUGCUCCACCCGGCGGGUGGAGGGAAGUCGUCGGGGCACAGCUCCUCGUCUUCUUCGUCGUCGUCAUCGUCGUCGUCAUCGUCUUCCGCACCACGACACUCGAGCGGACCUGCCGGGCGCCCGUCGUCAACAGCAAAGGCUCCAUCUGGGUCUUCACUGUCAGGGAGGCAUAGCAGUGCGGUGGAAAGGCUAAAACGCAACAACCACACGCUGGCCCCCGUUGUCCGGGUGGAGCGAAUGCCACUUCCACGACAGCCCGAAGCCAUGGCCGCCCGCAACAGCUCACCAGGGCAUGAAAAGGAAUUGCCUUCACCUCAGCAGCCGCCACCUUUAACCCCUGGAGGACUGGGACUGUUGUCUGGGCCGGGGCCAGGGCAGGCCAAUCACAUAACACCCGACGCAAGCACCAGCAGCACGUCAGCAAUGGCCCCUGUGACGACUCCUGCUGCAACACCUACUCCCAUCAGGAAGACACCUUCUAGCAGUGGUUCCACAGCGAGCACCAGUUCAUCUCUUGGAAAGAAAAUGCAGCGGGAGAGAAAACUGCUGCCUUGUAAAGAUCGUGAGUAUGACCCAAACAAGCACUGUGGUGUCCUUAUUGGAGACAGUGGGAAGCCAUGCACACGCUCCCUCACUUGCAAAACUCACUCCUUGACGCUACGCCGAGCUGUUGCAGGGCGCCGCAAGAACUUCGACGAGCUUCUGACAGAGCACCGAGCCACAAAAGAAGCAGCACUCAAUGCCAGCAAAUCAGCACAUCCACCAUCGUCAUCCACUAAUUCUGUAACAGAUGGAGUUGCCGCAUCACCCGCACCGUCACCACUGUCAUCUCAUCAUGCCGGUGGCCCAUCAUCCACUAACGUGGCAGCACCUUCUGCCGGCAAACACGGGUGCCCCAGUGAAGGUGCACCUUGGAGCUUGGCCUUUUUGCCAAGUGUCAGCAUUCUGGGAAAUCCACCUCUGCCAGGCAACAGGACGUCCGGGGGAUCAGGGCAUUUGCUUGUACGAGCCCCAAGCAGUGGUUCCAAGCAGACUGUGUUAUCCAGAGGGUCCAGUACAGCUGCCUCCUCCUCCUCAGCUGGAGCCACUGCCAAGCAGGACCAGCACACAAAAAGCACUCCUAUGGACACAACACCUGCUGCACAGGCAGGUACCCAGCCGGCCGGUAGCAGCUCUACGAGCUCUGGAAGCACAGGGCGCCAAAGGCCUGACCAUAGCAAUGAUCCAUAUGUCUUGCACCACCCAAGGCCAGCAGCUGUGUGUACCUUUGGCUUGAGGCAAAUGGGCAAUGGCCUGUUUCUAUUGGACCGGCGGUGGGAUGCGACACGCGCCGCUCUGGCCUCAGCACUGGGCACUGAUGGCACACAACCACCGCCCCUGAAGAGACUCUGCGUGGUCGGCUCACGGCUUCCAAAUGCUGCUGGUUCCAGCUACAUCAGUUCAAACAAUGAGCACCAGCGUUCUGCUGAUUCGUACAGCUUUGGCAAUGCGGCAGUGGUGGAAACUCCUGUUGCAGUAGCCACGUCUCAGACUUCCGUGCCACAUUCUCUGGCUGCUGCUGUACGAAGCAGCCCGUAUCCGACCAACACAAGCGGGGGCACGGCAAGCACUCAGGCAGUGCCUACAGCUAUCGCCGCCCACCCAGUGUCAAAAGCCACGCACCCGUCAAAGCAAGCAGCUUCGUCCAGGAGUUCAGCGAGCAACGGUGGUAGUGGUGGUAGCAAUGUGCUCCUAUCCAGUGCUCCUCGCAAAAAGAAGCCACUCUCCUCCACCGUCACUGCUGUGGUGACGUCAUCAGCUCCGUCAGUAGCCUCAUCACUGGCCACGUCAAUGGCGACCGGUGCGCCAGCAUCAUCUGUGGCUUCUGCAGUGCAAGUGCCGUUGUCGGGCACGCCAGUGACAUUUCCAUUUCGGACCCACAUGGGUGCGCUGUCGAGACUUCAGGUGUCGGGGCACAGUGUGGCACCCAAGGACGGAGGGACGGCCAUGUUGGUGACCACGGCAGAUGUGCUCAACGGGCAGGUCAACAGCAGUGGCUUGCUUCACUCAGUGACUAUCAGCAAACCAGCAGUGGCCACAACAUUGCUGCAGUGUCGCCCUGUCGACGAGAAGGCUACAAAGCCAUCUGCUGGGCCUACCCUGCUGAAGGCACGCAAACCGAACCCUCUUGCCUCCGGGCGCACCUCGACACCUGUGAUGAAGAACCACCACCAGCCUCCCAUCUCCCAAGGCUUGGCCCUGCCGGAACUGUUGGCAGCACCACAAGUGCCUGUGCCCGCAGCAAGCCAGCUGCCCAAUGGUAUGCCUACAGUACUCGGGCAGAGCAAGUUGUUCUCUGUGCCCAACCACUCUGUGCAGGGAGUGCUGGACGGCACCACUUAUCACCAGGCUCAAUUGGUUGCAAAAGGGGCACGGAAUGGCUCGAGGUCACAUCCCGGCCGUGCUGUGCUGCCCGACACCGCAUCGAGCCUUAUGACUGGUUCUACGGCCACGUCACUGCCAGCCUCAAUGGCCAAACAGCAGCUCUACCAGCAGGUUCUAGCAGGACAGGUGCAAGCUCAGCUGGUGCCAGCACCCUUAAAGCUUCCCUUGUUGCUCCCAAAUGACGAGCGACGUCACAGGCCACAGCAGCCGCAUCUCAAGGUGCCUGGUGGAUCACUGCCAACGUGAGGAUUGCCGACUUCAUCAUCAGUGCUGUUACUUUCCCGUGUGCCUGUGUAAAUAAGUGGACAACAUGACUGUCUCGAGAUUGUGUGCAAUCGGGAGCCAGCAGACAGCUCACAGCACCCACCAGGCUUCCUGCAGUGAAUCACAGCAGAUGCCUGUAAAGGACCGAAAAUUAAUAUUGCGGUACUUUGCAUCGGGUGGGCCUCGGGAUCAGUGUCCGCACCACACAGUGAUUGACAACCUCCGUUCAGUCGGCACUGUGACCCGGCCCUUUUUCCGCAUGGUGUUCCAAAAAUGCAGAGAAUGAACAGUGUCGUGCAGUGAAAGAAAGCUGCGGGGGGCAUAAUGCUUCUGCUCGGCAGCAACAGCAUGUUGCAGUGUUCACAUCUUCGUUUGCCUUGCCAUGACCAAAUUAGAAAAAAAAAUUCUAAAUUAUGUUUGUUUGGGAAAAUUAAAUCUGGUUCUGCAGAGUGGUUUUCUAAAUGCACUGGAGACCUGGCCAUUGUAGCAGGUAGAAACGCUCUGCUUGCUGGCGAGUUUUGUGCAUUUUGCUGGCUUUAUUGCGACUGCCUUGUGGAACAUUGUCUGUUCUUUGCAAAUGUUCAAAGCCUUCCCCCCCCCGUCUCCCUGGGUGCCACCCACAUUUCUUCAGUGAUGCCUUUCUUGCCCAUUUAUUUAAGUUGUCUUUGAUUUGAAAGAGGUAAAUCAAGAGGCGGCACUCAAAUGCAAGUACACUGUGCCAUGCUGUGAACUUCCGUUCUUUAAACCUUUUGAUGUGUUUAACUGCAGGCAGUGGUUGGCAAAUUGUAAGGUUUCUUGCGUCACUUCCCUUGCUAAAAAUAAAUAAUUGUUUCCCUCUUUUGUGUAGGUCCUUUAUCUUGAUUGGCUUUUGUCAAAAUGUCCAUUCUUAAACCAUUGUUUUGUGCAUCUAAUGCGAUUUGUUGCUGUCACAGUAUCUCUCAGCAAAAAUUGGUGCCUGCAGUUAGGACAAUAUCAAAUUUAAGUGAAAGAAUUGAAAAGAAGGAUCAAUCAACUUACACAUUGCUUAAGGAUCCUAAUUUUGAAAUGAUUUUGAAUUGUGAAGGUCUCCAUGCUUGUGCCUUGAAUGUAAUUUUGGGGCUAAUGUACUUUUCGAAUGUGUGGCAUUUCCACAAAAGUUUGGUUUCUAGAAGAGACUAGCAGCAUUCACCAGCAUUCUGUCGUACCUGACUUGGAACAAACAAGUAUUCUUAGUAAACCUUAGCAUGCCUGCUGCUAGGAGUUCUUGUGCUUUACAAAUGCAGAUCUUGAUCUGAUUUUAUAGCACAGCGACAGCUUGCUCUUCGACAAACUUGGCUUGGAUCCAUGCAUCUAUGAGCAGCUCUUGUUAAUACUUCUUUUGGAAAUCCCUGGAAAUGGAGUGGUGAGAGUGAAUUGUAGUUACUUUAUUCAAGUGCACUUGUAAAGACCUAAUAUCACCAUUUCCUUCAUGUCAUGGAUGAGUACUUUUCUGUAUUGUAUACAGCAAAUAACUUGGGUUCAAGGAGGGAGGGCAUUGUCAAUGCUUAUUAAGUAUCCUUUAUUUAUAUGCUGGUGUUUCACUUUUGCAGAUUCUUUCAUCCUUAUUUAAUAACAGGACUUUCUUCAUCCCUGCCGCUAUUGGUGAACCAAGAGGGCACCAAUAUAACAGUUUCUCGACUCAUGGCUUGGCAUUAUGCCUUUCACACCACAAAUACUGAUUUGCCACAUCUACAGCUAAUGAUCAAAGCCCGCCUGCUUGGAACCGAAGCGGUGGUAUGCACUUAAUUCAACUGCGUUGUGUGUACAUUUAGAAGGGGGGAGAGCAAGCCUAGCAUAACUACGCUGUGAGAGACCACUUGUUGAUUGUAAAUAUGUACAUAAAAACUUAGCUCAAUGGCCCAAGACGUAUAAUUGGCUAGUCCGUUUUUUGUGCAGGAAAUCAACAGCGCUACAAAGUGCUGUGAACAGCCAUUUGCUCAUUUUGUUUUGUUAGCUUUAGCACUGUUUCCGCUGCACUCCUAACGUUAAAAUUUCUUUUCUGCCAUACGGACUGCUUGGAGUGCAUGUGUAAAAGGUCAGUCAUUCAUGCUUCUGUUAUAGAUUAUGGUCCCCCCCUUCUUUGUUUUUUUUUUUUUUUUUUCCUCCGCAACAUGAGGAAAAAUCAUUGGCUCCAAGCACAUUUGUGUAUUUCUACCUCUUGUAAAGAUUACCUUACGGUUUUUGAAGUGUAUAGAUGUUAUACAUAGAUUGUGUACUAUAAAUUCUGCCUUACAGACUAAUGUGCAGUGCUAUUGCAUGUCUUGAUAGGCAGGUCACUACAGCUUUUUCCCUAGGAUUCUCAAAGAAACAUUGCUACUGGAAGCAUGUGUGUGUUGACAGUUUUUGAACUUCUUCCGAGGUUGUUGGUGAAAGAUUGUUGUUGUUUGCGAGGUCACGUCGACAUAGGAAGGCUCACGUGCAAGGUUUUUUGUUACCUUGCUUGCUCUGCAGGUGUGAACAACACGCAAAGAAAAAACAUAGCUUUACCGUGUUUUGGAUAACCUGUUGCACAGCUGUAAGGUGCUUUCUAGACAUCUUUCUUUUCCAGUAAGCGUGAAGGAGCCUAUAGAUAGGCCUAAUAAGUCGUGUUGAGGGCUUUAUUGCUCUUAAUUUUUCAUGUGUCUGGCUAUGUAUGCUUUACAUAAUUUGUAAUUAGCAUUGGCAAUUGUUACAGUGCAUAAUGCUAAAAUUGGGCAGUACAGAAGCUUUAAUGCAACCCCAUGAAACACAUUUGCAAGGUACUUUCAACGUGAUGUUACCUGCUGUCUGUCACAUCUAUUUUGUGCCGUGUAAAGCUUACAUUUUAGACCUGGCCAUAAUGUCUUUGCAUGGUUGCCGAUCAAAGUGAAUACCCUAAAUGGGGAGUGCAUUUUGGGUAUGGUAACAGCAGGCUUAUUGCACCACAUUAAAUGGGCAUGACAGCGUUAGUCGACACUGCAUGAAAAAUAUAUUGAAAAUAUGUUUUGUGUUGGUUUCAGUCGGAAAAAAGAAAAACAAAAAGCAAUCAGGCAUUGCAAUGUUCAUGUCGUUCGUGUUACAUGUCCAUGCUGUUGGCUCUGUUUUAUCCUCUCCAAUGUGUGGAUCAGCAACUGAGAGCUUCUGUCCAUGUUCACCAGAAAAGCUUCUCCAAUAGGCUUGCAUACCCAUGACAGAGGUAAUCCUUUGUGCAAUCCCAAUGCAGCUUACCUGGCUUCAUCUGCCACUGCACCCUGCUCAAGUCGGGAAUUUGAGAAACAAUGUGAUGGGAGCAAGCGAAAAUUAAACAAAAGUUGUCUAACUCAAUAUGGGGCACGGUCACCUGCACUAAUGUCCGAAUUGAAUUAAACCAGCCAAUUGACACAAAUUCGGACAAAUUGCAAGAAGUUGGCAGAGCUGCACGUCAGCUGCCUUGGGAAAUGCACAAGCGAAUACCUUGCAAUCUUUCUGCCAUUGGCAAGUACAUCACUUCACACAUUAUGCAUCGUCUUGCCAGUGGAACUUGGUACACAAAUGUUUUCGUUUGAGAUGUUAACAUUCCAAAGUUUUUUCCGAUUGCACGAAGAAUAAGAGAGAGAAGUUGUUAUAGAACGCCAAAUGUGUGUUACCUUGUUGAGAUCAACAAGGGCCAGCUAUCAGAUGUCUUUUUGUUUUUCUCUCAUUCUGCGUGAUUGCUUUCAUAGAUGUUGGGAGCAUGGGUGGCUUGGCUUUGGCUGUCAUUGAAGUUGUGAGCUGCUUGUAAAGGUUGAAAUUGGGUAAAGGAGUGAGGCUCCUUUCUCUGCGCAUCUUAGUAUGCAUCUGCUACGGACAUGCCAGUGUGCAUAUUUUGUGCCCAUGCUGUGAUUGUGUGCGUGUGCCUGGAGAAGUGUUGUUUUCUGUUGUUUUUUACUGUGAUACGUGUGCAGAACAAGGGAGAGUGUGUAUUAGCAGAAGGCGGACGCAUGUCUCUGGUGUGAGAGAAAGGCAAAGCCAUUCUGAAAUAUUUCUGAAUGAUGCAUAAUUUUGUACCACAGAGGAGGGACAGCUCUGCUUUUGAUACAAAGCUUGUGAGGAAAAAAAAAAACUGUAUUUAUCAGGGCUGCUCGACGUUUUUAUGCAAGUUUUAAAAAGGAGUGGUGGUACACACACCACCAUGCACACUCUUGACAAAGCAGGUGAUGAAUUGCCUUUUUUUUUUUCUUUUCUCUAUCUCUCACGCCAUCUAUGAUGAUGCAGCGUUUUUCUAGUCAUCAUAUUAAAAGCAGUAGUCUCUGGAAGUUUGUGUCUAGGUUCUGCAAGGGUGUUACCUUCCCAAAUGAACUAAGAUUGUUUUUGCUACUUGCUGCUUCCGAAGAAAGCGGCAUCAUAGUGGGUCUGUGAGAGCAAGUUCAUGAUGUGUGUGCAUGUGUGUGUUGUACAUGUGUAAAAAAUCGUCUCGUUGCAUUUAGAGCAAGACAUGCUGCAGCUGUCAGCCUUCCCUGGCUGUUUCGAAAAAAGAAAAAGAAUCCUCUCAUCAAUUAAUAUCCCAGUGUACUUUUGUCAUUUAUUUCAAACAACGAACAUCGAUCAACAACUUCUCUGUCAUGUCUAAAAAGAGGUUCUGGGUACUUCAUUUGCUGUUCCUGCCAUGAGCAUUGUUUAAAGUUUGGUGUGUAACAUACAACACUUUGGUAACACUGACACACAAGGCCUUUUGUAUAUGCUGUACAUAUAAAUAAAAAGCUAUUUAUCUA